ACGUUUAUUAUCACACGGUGCACGACGUCGUUCCCGUCCCAUCCGCGGUAACUCAUCGCAAUUGCCGACGUUCCCGUUUUUCCUGAUUGAUUUCUUCAACUUACAGGCACCCACAGAAACUUACUCUAGCACGACAUCAUGGCGUCUAGACGAAUCGAUCCGAAGAUGAAGGAAUCCUACUCGGCGGUCAAAUACGUACAAAUCGAAGGACUGGCGCUGAUGAAAAUCGCAAAACACUGUCACGAGGAAUGCGCCAGCGACGUGGUCAUUGCCCAAGGAGCAUUGUUGGGCCUGGUCGUGGAGGACUGUCUGGAGAUAACCAACUGUUUCGCCUUCCCAAAGAGCGUCGACGAGUCUAUCAACGAUGAAAAAUAUCAGUUGGAUAUGAUGAAAAGUCUUCGUCAAGUCAAUGUUGAUCAUUAUCAUGUUGGAUGGUAUCAAAGCUCUGAUAUUGGUAACUUUUUGAGUUUACCAUUAUUGGAAUCACAAUUUCAUUACCAAACUAGUAUUGAGGAAUCUGUUGUUCUCAUUUUUGAUGCUCCUAAAACAAAUCGUGGAUUUUUGUCCUUAAGUGCUUAUCGUCUUACACCACAGGCCUUAACUAUGUUUAAAGAAAAUGAUUUUCAACCAGACACAUUAAAAUCAUUAAAAGUUGGUUAUGAUCAUUUAUUGGUAAAAGUACCAGUUGUCAUAAAAAAUUCUACAUUGACUAAUAUCCUUCUCUCAGAGUUAAAUUUCAAAAUUAAAGUAGAAGAAGGUUCAGAACAUUUGGAUAUUGGUACUGCUACUGUUUUGGAAGGACAGUUACGUCAUUUAAUGGACCGAGUGGAUGAUCUAAAUCAAGAAGCAAUCAAAUUUAAUCGUUAUCAACAAGCAGUUGUUCGCCAAUCUUCAGACAAGCACCGUUACUUACAAAAACGAGCACUAGAAAACCAAGCAAGAGCUGCUAAAGAUGAGCCACCAUUACCUGAAGAAGACAUUACUAAAAUAUUCAGACCCUUACCAGUGCCUCCUAGGUUACCACCCAUGUUGAUGGCUACACAGGUUGAUACAUACGCUGAAGAAAUUGCUAAAUUCUCUACUCAAUCUUUGGCUAAAUUGUACAUGACCAAAGCAAUGAACACUAACCACUGAUUAUAAAUUAUAAUUAAGGGUCCUUAAUAAAAAAUUGUUUCUGAUACAAAAAAA